AUGACUACUGUCACACAGGCAUCUUCGCUUCGCAUGGCGCCAAUGAGCCCAGACGAGUACGUGCUCGACCCACGCAAGUCUCUGCCAGACUACCGUCGCGAGAUCUACGACUUGCUUCAGUACCUCGACGACGAGCAGGACAAGAUCGAGAAGCAACUUGCGCACUUCUCAUCUUCAGCAAGCGUCACAUCCUCCGCCAAGUCGACAAGACGGCGUGCCUCGAACUCAUCGCAGAGAAGGCGCGUUCUCGCCUUGGACGACAAUGAAGUCGAUGCAGGCUCGGAAUCGGACGACGAUGCCGAUGAUUUUGUCGUUGUUGAAGACAUCAAUGCGGCGAGCCGGAAGAAGCAGCUCUUGGCCCAGCUUCAUCAGCUUUGGAGGACAAGGGAUGCACUGCGCAAGAGAGCCAAGCAGCUUAACAUCCGAAUUGACAGUUUGACCCACGGUAAAGGUUCAGGUCUCAUGCCUGCCGAAGACUUGUGGCAACCUGGAUGCGAGAUUCACGGCCAGGAUGAGAGCGACGAGCUCUGA